CAUCCACUUAAACCCUAAAAUAGAUACUUCAAAUUAAUACAUCAUAAUACAACAAUAUUUUCUUCUCAACUUGAAUCUAAUCUUCAUAUACUCAAAGACAUGGCAAUUGGAUUCAUGGAAGUACAUCUUCUCAAAGCAAAAGGCCUCAAUACCACUUGUUUCUUUGGUGGAAUGGAAGAUCCCUAUGUUUUGAUACAAUAUGAAGGCCAAGAACAUAAGAGUAGUGUCGCCAAAGGUAGAGGAAGAAACCAUGUAUGGGAUGAGAAAUUUAUGUUCAAAGUAGAGAAUUUUGGAUCAAAAGAUAAACACAAAAUCAUUCUCAAGAUAAUGGACAAAGACACCUUUUCAGCUGAUGACUUCAUGGGACAAACCAUGAUCUAUGUGAAGGAUUUGUUGACUCAAGGUGUAGAAAAUGGAGUUUCUAAGCUACCACCUCUCAAGUAUAGAGUUGUUCGAGCUGAUGAAUCUUAUCAUGGAGAAAAUGAUGUUGCCAUUACUUUUACUCCCAAGGUGGAAGAUGAACUUAUUAUUGAAGAAGACAUAGGAGAAUGGAAAGAAAGUAACUACUCCUAUCUAUCUUAGAUUAGCAUGGGUAGCAUAUGAAAAUAAAAUGUAACUUCAUAGUAUUUUUGAAUUUUCAUUAUGU